AUGGCUUCAUCAGAAACCCCCACUGUCUUUGCAAUGCCCAUGGCUUCAUCAGAAAUUCCUGAUGUUGAUUCUCAUAAUCAAAACUAUCCUGAAAAUCCAAUUUCUGGAUCUCCAACCCACAAUUUUGCUAAUGCAGUGGAAACAGAUACACCUGUUCUUGAUUCUGAAAAACAACACCAUGCUGAAAAACCACUUGCUGGAAAUCAAACACCCCCUAAUUUUGAUCAGACAUUUCCAACAGGUUCUGCACAAAGGUACAUUGCUGACAUCAAUGGCUUGGUACCAACCAAAACUAUCCAUUUCCACAUAGUUGUUUGUGUUAUGACCAUCUGGAAAAUGAUAGAGAAAAAAAAAAAGAAUGUCAAAUCUGUUGAGUUGGCAUUGAUUGAUGCUCAGGGAUCCAAGAUUCAGGCUACUAUACCUGCAAGGAUAAUAAAAGAUUUCCAGAAGUAUUUCCUUCAAGAGGGUUGUGCUAGGAAGAUCUCACGUUUUGAUCAUUGCCUGAAUAUAAGUGGGGGAUAUCGUUGCUCAAAACACGAAUACAAAAUUGUAUUCCGACCUGAUACAUUGGUUCAAUCUGUUGGUUACCAUGACAUCCCUAAUCAUGUAUUUGAAUUUACCCCUUUUGCAGAAAUUACCAAUUUUGUUGCAAAUUUUGACUUCUGUUUUGGUAAGGACAACAUCUUUCAGGAAAACCUCACUGGCGGUAAACAACGGUCGGCCUUUGGCAAAAGGCUAGAUGUCUCAGACUAUAACAUUAGAAACAACACCAGUGCGAUAUCAGUUGCAAGGGUUACAACAGAUGCAGACGUUAUAAGGAAGUACCUUGAUGCUGUUUCAAAUGAUCAGGAAAUAGAUCCUGAGCUAAGUGCCGAGUUCUGCCACAAUUUAACCCCAUUAUCUGAGAGCACUGCUAAGACAGCAGUUUCUUGCACUGACGAUAAUGAUAUGGGAACUCCUGGAGAUGAAACGGGUGACAGUCCUCCACCAAAGAAGCAUGCAUCUGCACAAUGUGGCGAAGAAAGUGUCAAGUCCCAGCCCAACAAGCGUGUCAGAAAGCUUUAA